UUUUUUUUUGUUUGUUUUUUUUUUGUUCUUUUCUUAACAACUGCACUAAAAUCGUUCCUUUUUCAACAAUGGAUGAUAAAAGCACAACAAAUAAAGUCUUGUCGACUUUUAAUCCUGAAGAAGUAGUCAGAGAAGAUCGCUCGUUGUCGACCGUAGUGGUUGAUGACAUCGAGAAAAGCUCAGCCUCCAAUGUCCCCACUGACGAACUCCCACCUAAUGGUGGCUGGUCUGCUUGGUUGUCUGUCUUUGGUGGUUUUUGCGGUCAAUUAGCAAUUUACGGUGUCAACUACACUUGGGGUGUAUUUCUCAACCAUUACAACGAGGAAGUCUAUCCAGGAAAAAUGAGCCAACUUUCAUGGAUUGGUUCAAUUUGUGUAUCCUUCUUCUUCAUCAUCGGUCCUAUCAACGAAUGGGUUACCAGCAAAAUGGGUUAUACCAAGAUGCUUGCUUUUGGUACCAUUAUGUGUCCUUUGGCCCUCAUGUUGGCCAGUAUCAGUCAUGAAAUCUGGCAAUUGUAUUUGACUCAAGGUGUCAUGUUCGGUAUCGGUGCCUCGUUUAUUUUCUUCCCUACCUUGGCUGCACCUCAGCAAGCUUUUACAAGUCUUAGAGGUUUGGCUGUUGGUCUUUGUAUGUGUGGUUCCGGUGUUGGUGGUUUGAUUUUCUCCAACAUCUGUCAAGCUGCUAUUACACAUUUGGAUUACCGUUGGGCCUUGCGUAUCGCAGGUUUCGUUUGCUUUGGUUUCUUGGUAGUCUGUACCAUCUUGGUAAAGCCUCCUCCUAAUGCUGUCGUCGUCAAUGAAGAAAAGUUUAGCGAUUUAUUCAAGAAGCAAAAGGCUUUGGUUUGCGAUAAUAAGCAAUUUCAAAUCAUGCUUGCUAUUGGUACCAUCACCACUUUUGGUUAUCUUACACCCGCCUUCUUCUUAGCUUCUUACGCUGAAUCUAUUGGUUUGGACCCUUGGAUUGGUACCAAUCUUGGUGCUAUCAUGUCAGCCGUGAAUGCAGUCUCUAUGCUUUCUAUCGGUUGGAUUGGUGAUCGUAUCGGUCGUGUCAAUGGUUUAUUCAUCUGUACCUUUUUGUCCGGUAUUUUCACAUUGGCCAUUUGGACUACUGCUAAAAACUCUGCUGCCAUUUGGGUCUACGUUGUCCUUUAUGGUUUCUUUGGUGGUGGAUACCUUAGUUUAAAUGCUGCCUCUCUCCCUCAAGUCGCUGGUUAUGAGAAUAUCUCUGCUGCUAACGGUCUCUGUUACUUUACUUCCGUCUUGGGUUACAUGUUUGGCUCACCUAUUGUCUCUGCUAUUGUGGAAAAAUCUGGCUAUGCUUAUGCCGCCGUUUACUGUGGUAUGCUUAUGUCUGCUGGUGGUUUACUCUGCUGGAUGCUCCGCGUGUGUAGAGCUGGUUGGAAUCCUUUAAUUAAGGCAUAAACUUUAUCAUUUUUUGCCUUAAUGUGUACAUAUAUUAUUAGAAGUACAAAAAAUACCCUUUUUUUUUAUUUUUCUUUUUUUU